AUGAGAACUGAAGUCCUCAAAGAUCACGUCCAAGCCACACAGGAAGGACCAGUUGUUUACGUUUCAUCAUCAUGGAAUGAACUCGAUGAAGGACUCAAGCAACGUGUUAAGGAAGAAGCUCACAAGUUCUUCUACGAGAGAUUGACAAAUCUUUGGGUACAAAAGGCUCAACCAAAGCUCAGUGUUCUCAUGAAUGCAACAAAGAUGCACAUCUGUGGUGAAGAUCUUGGUCAAAUCGCAGCAGGUAUCAUGAGAGCUAUUGAUGAAUCAGCCAUCCUUUCUCUUCAUGUCCAGAGAAUGUCAUAG